CUAUGCCGCCUGAAUCGAAACGAUUCAUUCUUUCACACGCAAGCACGCAGAACUUGGAGCAUUGGCGGACUUGAACAUCACUUCGGCCCACGGCCUACCUGAGGGUGAUGCGAAUGCAAUCCCUACUCUCGUUACCGAUGACGCCAAGGACACCUGAAAACCUGAAAAGCUGCACGGGUCAAGUCAAUGCCACGAUCAUCCCUCCGCUACUCGGACUUGGAGGCUACUGUCUCUGCUAUGGCAGGUCAUUACGGCCAUUCAAUAUAAGCAUGGGAAUUUGCUUCUCUAAACAUGGCCGCGUACAGGAUUUCCUCCGGCAUGUAUUGCUACUUGAUAUGGCUCACCUGGACAUCCUGCUGACUGCACUUCUACUCAUCAGCUUUGGUGAUCAGAAGUGCGGUCCAGAAUCAGGCGGAGUAGGUUGCGUGAAUCGAUAUGCUGCUGUGAUGCCAUACCACUUCCAUCGAGCGCCCGUAUUCGCAAUCAAUAUCACAGAGGAUAGAGAGGUCUGGCUCAUGGGUAAUGGGAGGAUCUCGAGAGUCAGGUGGGAGUUGGAAGGUAUCGAGUUGAUUACAGGAAGAUGA